AUGAUAACUAAAGCAGUAGACAGGGGUCUGUUUCAAGGCUUUGUUAUUGGGAAAUCUGAAAACUCUGUUCGGUUGUCACAUCUCCAAUUUGCAGAUGACUUGAUCAUUUUCUGUCAAGCUUCCCUCUCCCAGAUUAAAAAUGUCAAGAGAGUGUUGAGGAUUUUUAGUAUUAUGACAGGGUUGCAUCUAAAUCUAGCUAAGAGCAAGCUGCUUGGUAUUAAUGUGGAAGAGGAAGUUUUAACAGAGUGGGCAUUAGCAGUGGGCUGUUCAGUGGGUUCCUUUCCAACAGAUUACUUGGGACUUCCUCUCGGUGCUAAGAAAAACUCAGAAGCUCUAUGGGAUCCAGUUUUCAAGAAUUUUAGCUCCAAACUUGCCGGCUGGAAAGCUUCUUGUCUCUCUUUGGCUGGCAGGACAAUUUUAUUGAAGUCGAUUUCUAUGGGGGGUAAUGAGGAAAAAAGGAGGAUACACUGGGUUAAUUGGAAAUCAGUUUGCAAGCCUCUGAAUUCUGGUGUUCUUGGUGUUUUUGAUGUGAAUCUUUCUAAUCAGGCUCUUUUGGGAAAAUGGGUGUGGAAGUUUGCCAAUGAAAAGAAUACUUUGUGGAAAAGUGUGUUAUGUUGUAGACACAAGGUUAGCUGUAAUUCCAUGUCUAUUAGCAAGGUGUUUUCGCCCAAAUCUUCUUGGAUUGUGAGAGGUAUUGCUAACAAUUUCUUGAAGAAUGACUCGGAGGGUGAAUGUAUCAGAUCACACUCUAAGUUGAAAGUGGGGAAUGGAAAGUCUAUUUCAUUUUGGACAGAUACAUGGGCUGACGAGGGAUUAUCUCCUCCUCGUGUUGAAGCUUUCCUGUGGCAGCUAGCUCAUCAGAAAGUGGCAGUUAGAGAAGAAUUGGUGAAGAGAGGAAUGCAGCUAGGAGAUGAAAUUCUGUGUCCUUUUUGUAAGGAACAAGUGGAAUCAAUGCAACAUUUAUUUAUUUCGUGUGUUGUAGUUUGGGAACUAUGGUAUAAGAUAGUAAGCUUUUGGGAUAUAGCUUUGGUACUUCCAAAGGACCCACCUUCUUUGAUCAGCUCUUGGGGUGAACUGAGGGGGAAAUCAUUGAUUUGGAAAUUUAUUCCGGGAGUAGUAUUUUGGUCGAUUUGA